AGCCCAACGUGACACAGGACUGGUGUGACAACUGUUUUUAAUCAGUGACUCAAAAUUGUGAUCACCCUGAUGUCACCGAAUGGCCACAGCUUGUAAAAGAUCACCAGGAGAACCUCACUCUGAAAACAUUGAAACUAGCCGAAUGUAAGUACCUGAGUGGAUGAGUUCAGUGUAUCUUGUUUAAAAAUGUUUUGAAUAUUUGGACAUAGAAGUUACUUUUGUACCUAAGACAGAAGCUGAGGGGAAAUACGGAAUCACAUUACAAAAUUUCAAACUAAUAUUGUACUAUGGAAUAAUGAUUAGUCUUUGUAAAUACUGUGUUGUUUUUGUUGGGUUUUUUUUGGAGGUGAAUGGGUUGAAGGGAAAGCUCAAGAGUUUUAUUUUAACAUGGACCAGUAGAUGGUAGCAUAAGUGUCAAAAAUCUUCAGGCCUAUACUCAGAUGUGGCAGUAGGGUGUAAUUUCUACUUGCUACUCACUAAUAUCAUGUGUGGGAUUGAAAGCAAUUCUGUUCUAAGGCACAAGGUAUCUGCUAGUAUCUAUUGGGGCAGAUCAAUUGCUAGCAUAAGGGAAAAAAAAAAAAAAAACUAGUCUGAUUUGAUUUGGCAAAUUCGUAUGCUAAGUACUCUUAAAAACAGCAAAAUAACUUCUUUUCACUAAACAGUGUUCAUCUAGCAUCUUGCUGGCAGUUUAGAACCUUGUUUUGGUCAGUCUUCAUUAGCCCGGAAGCCAAGAUUAACUAGAAGCAAGAUUGUAUUUGGGUGAAAUGUUCAUUUAAAUUCCAAAUUUAAAAAAAAAAAAAAAAAGGUUGUGGGAAUGAGAGGACCAUUUUUAAAAAGAUAAAUGUUACUUGAGGCUUCAUUCUUCUGUGCAUUAGCAAACAAAGAUUCUUUUCUAGCUAUUCAAACCAUCCUGUGCUAAAAUUCAAAUAGGGAAACCACAAACAUUGCUCUUCUGGCUUAGAACAGAACUUCUGAAAUAAUAGAGGGAGUGUAGCCCAUUUGUUAGCAUAUUGUCCUAUGCUUCAAAAGAUUUGGGUUAAUUUUGCUUCUGCCACAAACGUUUUCUGUGGCCUGAAAUCAACUGUCUCUUCCCCAGCCUCCCCUAAAGUUGGUUUAGCAUUCUACACAUCAUGGGCUGGGUGUCUUGUAGGUUAUGGACGUAGUGUGAAUUGCUGUAGCUUCCCAACCUAGAGGGGGCAAAGCUGAGGUGGGCUACUUACAUUGCACUGUAUAACCUAGUGGAUGAAAAAGAAACAAAGAAUGCUUUCCCUUUCCAUUUUUAGAAAUGCACUGGAGGAAAUUCUUUUCUUGUACAAAGAAGAGUAUUUAUCCUAGGAUGGCAAGUUUGCUUGUCCUCCUUCAUGCAAACCUGUACCAGAAGUGCUGCCUAGCUGCUUGCAUAGGAGUACAGGUUUUGUGGGGUAACUGACAACUACUAUAUGGACAGAUGUCACUCAGAGGUUGCAGGGCAAAGGCUCUGCCAUAAUGUCUUCUGCUGAUGAAGCAGCCUAUUUUAGUGUUCCUGGAGCAAAUUGGGUUAUGUUUCUCUGUUUUCCUGGCCUGAAUAAUUGUGUGGCUGUAGCCUGGCUAUAGUCUUCCCUGGGCGUUAUCAGUUGAUCUGCUGUUUUUUACCCACUGCAAAGACAGGCAAGUAAGGUAAUGAGGACCCUGACAAGUGUGAAAUGAAGAAUGUAUAAAGACGGGGGAUAAAUCAGAAAGAAGAGCCAAUACAACUAUAUUUUUCUUCUAGCAAUUUGACAAUACGUUUUCCUACUAAAAACUGAACCUGCAAAAUUAACGUCUGCAGCUUUUCUGUAAAAGCUGAAGUGGGUUUUUUUUUGUUUGUUUUGUGCAGAACGAUGAUCAGACUUGCUCUGACUACAUAGGUUUUAUGUGUCUAAAAUAUACACUAGCCAGUCAAACUAUAGAGAUCCAUGUAUACCUACCACUCAUAUACAGCCUCAAUACAUAGUAUACUUGCAAGUUUUUAGGACUAUAUCAUGAUGUGAUGUAUAUGUCACCAAUUACAGAGAAUUUCUGCAAUCCCACUGCAUAGUUACUCUUUGCAUAAGGUGGAAUGGCAUGCUGAAUAACAGUUUGACCUGCAGGCCUGCAGUGUUGCUAAAAUAGUAACCAUGUUAUUUAUAUGCCUAUAAUUUAUUGGGAAGUGCAGGGAUUUAUGGAAGUGUUUUAUUUGCACAAUGACAAGUUGUUUUGCUCUGGUUGGCUGAUAUAAUUGCUUUAUUUGUUUGUGUUUUGCAUUGCACAGCUCCAUGCCAAGAGCAUAGUCAUGCAUUUCACAUGUGUUAAUGAAAAGAAAAUCCAAGUCUUUCAGACUGAUGCAUCAAAUUCUUCCAUGAAUAAGAGUCUUACUUAUGCCAAGCUUUUCAAGUUCUUCCUCUGCCCGAUGAACAUCUUGGUGUUAGCUCAGAGUCUAUUUUUUUGUUUUAUGUUUUUUUCUCCUUAACAUCCAUUCAAGUUCUUGCAUUCUCAACGUCAGCACCUUCUGCUGUCUGCUCCUGCUACGGAGCUGCAAUCAUAUUUGACAUUGAUUACUGAAGCAUUCUAAAAACCUAUUUAAAACUAAAUUUUGGAAGUUGUUCAUUUACUUUAACUUGACAACUCUUAAGUUCAUAUAUUUUCACUCUGCCUGUCAUAUAUUGUCAUAUGUCAUGCCCAAGCCUUGGGUAUUCUGACAUGAUAGUUUUCUAUGAAUUCAGCUUUCUUUCUGGUCAUGUGAAUGGUCUGCUUUAAACUUUAAAAUGUCUGUUUGGUUUUGAAGCCAUCAAAUAUCACUGCCCCCCUUAAAGUGUUGUCAGUUAGAUGUGAUGCAUAGUCAUCUCACAUUGGAGUAGGUUUUGUGGCUGGUUCAUUUCCCUGAAAGAAUGGCAAAAGGAAAAUUAUGCUGCAGCCUCCCAGAAUAUGCCAGAAAAAUGAUUAAUAGCCAUUGCAAAUAUGAACUGUGACUGUAUUAGUGUUUCAUCAUGCCAGUGCUACCCUAGAGCCUUUUAGACAUGGAAUGCCUUAAAUUAUUUUCCUCGUAGCUGAGAGCAGAGCUGGAUUUGCGUAGGCUGAAGCUUUCUAAUCCAUAGAAGCUAGACUGUUCUUAAAAUUACAGGUAAAGUGUUUGUUCAGAUCUUCAGUCCACGUUGUCUGCAGUCAGUAUCUGCGUGACCAUAGUCGCUGUUUUAGGACAGUGUCAAAUGGAGUGAACUCAGUAAAAGAAUUCUACCAUGGAAACAAAACUUACUAAAAACUCCAGAAACUUUUUAACUUGAAAAUGGGAUUGUGUGAUGUUUCCUUUAACUUGAAAAUGGGAUUGUGUGAUGUUUGGCCUUUUUGUUUGGAAAUGUACAAGGAAAGUAUGUGAUGAUGAGGAGUUGGGUCCCUUCUCUGUAGGUUAGAUACAUGUUGCAGUGGUCAGUCUUCUAAUAUCAAUAUUUUUUGUAAAGUAGUUUGUUGUUGAUCAAAUUUGCUACUGGAACACAGUAGUGGCUCAGAAGGAGGUGAUUAGAAUCAGCUUCUCAGAAGAUACUCUGUAUGUUUUAUUGUUAGUGAAGUGUGGUUGGUAGGGCUGUGAAAUACUGUUUAAAUGUCAUACCUUACACAUUUAGGCUUUUACAGUACAACAUGGAGUUUAGUCUGGUUAACUACAUUUGUGUGGAAUGUCAGGACACUUUUGACAGAGGGACACAAAAUAUAGUGAAUAAUGUAUUUAGAGUGGAGGUGCAGCACUGAGGGUAGAGCGCAUUUGCUAAUUCUGUGAGGAGACCAACAGCCCUUUUUUUCAGCCCUGUGGAGGACUUGGGGGUCCUGGUAGACAAGAAGCUGGACAUGAGCCAGCAGUGUGUGCUUGCAGCCCGGAAGGCCAACUGUGUUCUGGGCUGCAUUAAAAAAGGGGUGACCAGCAGGGAGAGGGAGGUGAUUGUGCCCCUCUACUCGGCUCUUGUGAGGCCCCAUCUGGAGUACUACUUCCAGGCCUGGGGAUCCCAGUACAGGAAGGACAUGGAGAUCUUGCAGCGGGUCCAGAGGAGGGCCACUACGAUGAUCAGAGGGCUGGAGCACCUCUCCUAUGAGGAAAGGUUGAGGGAACUGGGAUUGUUUAGUUUGGAGAAGAGAAGGCUCCGGAGACCUCACUGUGGCCUUCCAGUACUUGAAGAGAGCAGAAAAACAGGAAGGGGAAUGGCUGUUUACAAGGGUGGAUAGUAAUAGAACAAGGGGGAAUGGUUUUAAACUGAGACGGGAGGUUUAGGUUAGACAGGAGGAAGUUUUUCACACAGAGGGUGGUAACACACUUGAACAUGUUGCCCAAGGAGGCUGUGGAUGCCCCAUCCCUGAGGCAUUCAAGGCCAGGCUGGAUGUGGCUCUGGGCAGCCUGGUCUGGUGGUUAGUGACCCUGCACAUAGCAGAGGGGUUGAAACUCGAUGAUCAUUGUGGUCCUUUUUAACCCAGGCCAUUCUGUGAUUCUAUGAUUUUGCUUAAUAUUUGAUAAAAUUUUGUUUUCUUCUGAAUAUGAGACAGUCUGAAGGGCUCCUGCAAGUAUGCUUAUUGUUUCACUUCUUUCCAUUAAAGACAGAGUUGAUCUUUUCUUGGUCUUGCAGCUAGUACACAGUGUUAGUAUUUAGGAGUCCUUACUUAAAAUCUGGAGAGCUACUGAAAUGAUUUGUGCAGUUAAAGUUAUAAAAACUAAUCUAACACCUGAUAAUACCUCUCUACUUUCUUCUUUUGUCUUCAAUAACAAAUUUGUUCAAAGAGAGUAAGGCACUGUAAGCUUCUAUUUAAUCCUGAACUUAAGUUUAUUCCAGUAAUAAUUCAAGUUACUUUUGCUUUGUAGUUGGGUACAUUUAAGGGCUUUUUUAUUAAGAUAGUGUUUCUCAAUCUUUUGAAAAGGCAUUAAUUGUGUAAACUCAAGCAUAGCAUUUAAAUCACUGUCAAGUAUCAUCUGUCUGUAGUUAGUCUCAUUUACAUAUGUUGAUCACUUACAAUAAUUGUCUAAUAAGUGAUUUUGCAAAACAAUCAUUUAAUGCCUUCAGAUCUGAGAUGUUUUACAGAAAAACAAAAAAAAAUCAGGCAUUUUUCCUGAUAUUGCUUGCAUUGAAAAGCCAGGAUGCAGUUAACCCCUUAUUCAUCUCUAAAUUCCUUGGCUAACUGAAUAUUGAAAUGAUAGGAGCCUGGAUAUGAAGCUGUGGAAUUAGUCUGUGGAAUAAUAUGUUUCUAGAGCCUAGAGUUAGUUAAUAAUCAGCAGAAGAAAUGACAGUAAUGAGGACUGCUUUUCAGAUAAGAGUGCAACAAGGUAGUUUCUCUGUGAGGUAGAUGGAGAGAUGUUCUGAUCAUGUUUUUGAGACCAUCUCUCUAGCUGUCUCUGCUUUGCUCCGUAUAUCCAAGAGACUCUUCUGUUCUCAGGCUCAUCUUUCUUGAAAAAGUGCGAUGACUCUUUCAGCACACAAUUCCUGGAGACACAUCAGAUCCAACAUGUGUGGUGAAGUGGGUGCCCCCACUCAGGGAGUCACAGUCUGCACCCAGCUAUUGGGGUUCACUGCCUGAGAAGCACAUCAUGCUGAGAGGAUCAGGGUUUGGAAACGUGAGCUCCGUGUGUGUUUCCAGGCAUACAUUCAGCCUUUGGCUGAAGUGGGCAGAAGGUAUUAUAGCAUCACUGGAACCAAGGGGUGGUGCUCGGUUCCGGCUCUGGGUGGGACUUCCGACAUUUUGAUGUGCAGGCAUGCUUUGUGGGCAGUGCUUUUACUGGAAACUUCUCUUCAAGCAUUGCCAUUAUUACACUUAAUUAACCACAAGAAGGAAAACAACAGGCAAAGUUUAAAAGACACUCUCAAAGACCAGCAUUCAGAUUCGCAAAGAUGGCUGUCUGUAACUACACUUCGGAAGCGAGCAGCUGCAAAGCAUCUAAUAGAGCGCUACUACCACCAGUUAACUGAGGGCUGUGGAAAUGAAGCCUGCACGAAUGAAUUUUGUGCUUCCUGUCCAACUUUUCUCCGUAUGGAUAACAAUGCAGCAGCCAUUAAGGCCCUCGAGCUUUAUAAGAUUAAUGCAAAACUCUGUGAUCCUCAUCCCUCCAAGAAAGGAACGAGCUCAGCUUACCUAGAAAACAACUCCAAAGGUGCCCAUAACAAUUCCUGCACUGACAGAAAAAUGAAUAAGAAGGAAAUGCAAGGCCCAAGAGAUGACUUUAAAGAUGUGACUUUUCUAACGGAAGACAAGAUAUAUGAAAUUCUUGAACUAUGUCGGGAGAAAGAGGAUUAUUCCCCUUUAAUCCGAGUGAUUGGGAGAGUAUUUUCCAGUGCAGAAGCACUGGUACAGAGUUUCCGAAAAGCCAAGCAGCACACCAAGGAGGAGCUCAAGUCUCUUCAAGGAAAGGAUGAAGACAAAGAUGAAGAUGAAAAGGAAAAAGCUGCCUGUUCGGCUGCUGCUAUGGAAGAAGACUCAGGCGCGUCAUCAUCUUCAUCGUCGAGAAUAGGUGAAAAUACACAAGGAGAUAAUAACCUCCAAAAAUUGGGCCCUGAUGAAGUGUCUGUAGAUAUUGAAGCAGUCAGGCGGGUCUACGAUAGAUUACUUUCUAAUGAAAAAAUAGAAACUGCCUUUUUAAAUGCACUUGUGUACUUGUCACCUAACGUGGAAUGUGACUUGACUUACCAUAAUGUAUACUCUCGGGAUCCUAACUAUCUGAAUUUGUUUAUUAUCGUUAUGGAGAAUGGCAAUCUUCAUAGCCCAGAAUAUCUGGAAAUGGCUCUGCCGUUGUUUUGCAAGGCAAUGAGCAAGCUGCCCCUUGCAGCUCAAGCAAAACUGGUCAGAUUGUGGUCUAAGUAUAGAGCAGACCAAAUUCGGAGAAUGAUGGAGACGUUUCAGCAGCUUAUUACUUACAAAGUCAUAAGCAACGAGUUCAACAGUCGUAACCUAGUGAAUGAUGACGAUGCUGUUGUUGCUGCUUCCAAGUGCUUGAAAAUGGUUUACUAUGCAAAUGUAGUAGGAGGGGAUGUGGAUACAGAUCAUAAUGAAGAGGAAGAUGAAGAACCCAUCCCGGAAUCAAGUGAACUAACUCUUCAAGAGCUGUUGGGUGAGGAAAGAAGAAAUAAAAAAGGUCCUCGAGUGGACCCACUGGAAACUGAACUUGGUGUUAAAACUAUAGAUUGCAGAAAACCACUUAUCCCCUUUGAAGAAUUUAUUAAUGAACCACUGAAUGAUGUUCUAGAAAUGGACAAAGACUACACUUUCUUCAAAGUAGAAACAGAAAAUAAAUUCUCUUUUAUGACUUGUCCCUUCAUAUUGAAUGCUGUUACUAAGAACCUGGGACUGUAUUAUGACAAUAGGAUCCGGAUGUACAGUGAACGACGCAUAACUGUGCUCUACAGCUUAGUUCAAGGACAGCAGCUCAACCCAUAUUUACGACUUAAAGUGAGACGUGAUCACAUCAUAGAUGAUGCACUCGUGCGGCUAGAGAUGAUUGCCAUGGAAAAUCCUGCAGACUUGAAGAAGCAAUUGUAUGUUGAAUUUGAAGGAGAGCAAGGGGUAGAUGAAGGAGGUGUUUCCAAAGAAUUUUUUCAACUGGUUGUGGAAGAAAUCUUCAAUCCAGAUAUUGGCAUGUUCACAUAUGAUGAAUCUACAAAACUGUUUUGGUUUAAUCCGUCCUCUUUCGAAACUGAGGGUCAGUUUACACUGAUUGGCAUAGUACUGGGUCUCGCCAUUUACAAUAACUGUAUACUGGAUGUACAUUUUCCCAUGGUUGUCUACAGGAAGCUGAUGGGCAAAAAAGGAACUUUCCGUGAUCUGGCAGACUCUCAUCCUGUUCUUUACCAGAGUUUGAGAGACUUGCUGGAGUAUGAAGGAAGUGUGGAAGAUGAUAUGAUGAUAACUUUUCAAAUAUCUCACACGGAUCUCUUUGGCAAUCCAAUGAUGCAUGAUUUAAAGGAAAAUGGUGAUAAAAUUCCUAUAACAAAUGAAAAUAGAAAGGAAUUUGUCAAUCUGUAUGCUGACUAUAUACUCAAUAAAUCAGUAGAAAAGCAGUUCAAGGCCUUUCGGAGAGGAUUCCACAUGGUGACCAAUGAAUCUCCUUUGAAAUAUUUAUUUAGACCAGAGGAAAUUGAAUUACUUAUUUGUGGAAGUAGGAAUUUAGAUUUUCAAGCACUAGAAGAAACUACAGAAUAUGAUGGUGGCUAUACAAGAGACUCUCUUAUUAUUAGGGAAUUCUGGGAGAUAGUCCAUUCAUUUACGGAUGAACAGAAAAGACUGUUCUUGCAGUUUACAACAGGCACAGACAGAGCCCCCGUGGGAGGACUUGGAAAGUUAAAGAUGAUCAUAGCCAAAAAUGGCCCAGAUACAGAGAGGUUACCUACAUCUCACACAUGCUUUAAUGUACUUUUGCUUCCGGAGUACUCAAGCAAAGAAAAGCUUAAAGAAAGAUUAUUGAAGGCCAUCACAUACGCCAAAGGAUUUGGCAUGCUGUAAUAAAUGUAACAAAAGGGAUGAAAAAAAAUGAUGGUGGUGAUGUCCCUGUCCAAAAAGGCCAUAAGAUAGUGAGCUACAGUAGUCACCUGUGUUUGUGCCUCCCUUCUUUACUGGGGACAUUGGGCUGGAACAGCAGAUUUCAGCUGCUUAUAUGAACAAAAUCUUUAUUUUUUCUUUUAGCGUGAAAGUGUUACAUAUUCUUUCACUUGUAUGUACAGAGAGGUUUUCCUGAAUAUUUAUUUUAAGGGUUAAAUCACUUUUGCUUGUGUUUAUUACUGCUUGAAGUUGAGCCUUUUUGAGUAUUUACAAGAAAACAAACUGUACUCUCCCAAGGAAACUAUUGCCAUCAUUUGUAGACUAUGUAACCUUCAAGUAUGUGCUAUAUUUUUGUCCCUGUAUCUAAUCAAAUCAAGAACUGUACUUUUUGAAGAGUUUGCUUUUGAAACUUGAAGUCUUGGAAAACAGUGUGAUGCAAUUACUGCUGUUCUAGCCCCCAAAGAGUUUCUGUGCAAAACCUUAAGAAUCAAUAAAGAUGGAAGGGAGAACUUGGAAUGUUAAAUUGCAGCCUUGAAAACUUUACUUUAGUCACAGCACAACGAUUAAAAUUCAUUUCACUAUA